AUGGAUGAUGACCUGCCGUAUGACGAGCUGUUGGCCUUGUCGCUGCUCGGGGUCUCCGCCACACUGCGGCGCUUGGAGAUCCAGGAGCGCGUGCUGGAAAGCUUUGGCAUCCACGUGCCCUUUGAGAUAGACUCCGCUUGUCUGGAGGAGGUUGAGCUCAGCUUGGUGGGUCUACAGCUUCAGAUCGUCGCCCAGCGCUUGAUCUUGCAUCUCCGUCUCCGGGACUUUGACCAGGCAGCGCAGACCAUGGGCGCGCACGCCGCGACGGCACAGCUGCCGCAGACGGCCCAGCCCCUGCUGCUGAAGUGCCUGCGUAGCAUCCACGUGGACGUGAAGAGCCUCCAGCUCUCCGUAGCUCUGCCGGACGCCGCUGAGCGGCCCUGGCAGCUGCAGGCAGUGCUGGGCGCAGAGGCGAGCGACUCUUCAGCCGAGUCGGGGUCGGAGCGCUUUGCGCCAUUCGCAUCUGCGGGCGCAUCCCUCGGCCAGGUGGAUUUGCCACUGCAGCUGCUGGAUCCCAAGGCGAAUUUUUGGCACCUGGGCCUUCGCCUGAAGGACCGGGGCGAGCUGGCCUGGCGCGACUCGCUACCAUGUUUGUUCUGUAUUUGGACUGCUUGUUUGACCUGA